UACUAGGAGAGAGGGAGGCAGGGAGGGAGGGAGAGAGAGAGAGAACAGAGAGAUGGAGAUGCUAGGAUGGUGGUUGAUGUUGGUGGGUUCGCUUAGAUUGGCCUCGGUUUGGUUCGGAUUCUUCGAUAUAUGGGCCCUUCAACGAGCUGUUUUCUCCAAAACCACCAUGACUGAAAUUCAUGGAAGGACAUUUGGAGUCUGGACGCUCUUGACUUGCACACUUUGUUUUCUUUGUGCAUUUAACCUUGAUAACAAGCCACUUUAUCUGGUGACCUUUUUGUCAUUUGUCUAUGCAUUUGGUCAUUUCCUGACAGAAUACCUAAUAUAUCAGACAAUGGCCAUCUCAAAUCUGACAACUGUUGGCAUCUUUGCAGGGACGUCCAUAUUAUGGAUGUUGUUGCAGUGGAAUGCUCACCAGCGGAUCAACAUCAAACGGUCUUGAAAGUAUAUGGAAUAUGAAGCAUUGCCGGUGCCACCAAUCCUUCCUGAAAGUGAAAAACAGCAUUGGCUCAGCUGUGCAAUGUUUCCUUGCCUGACAGUUGAAUGUAUCACUUUCGGGUUUUCUCAUUUCUUGCAUUUGCUCAAGAUGGUCGCAGUUAUGGGUAGAUCAUCAAGCUUUGGUGGAUGAGUUGUGAUAGGAACUGUAUUGAUUUUGCAAAUCUAGUUACUGGUGAAGUAGACCAGAAACUCAUUUUCUCUCAGUCUAGUGAAAUCGUAGCUUGUGGUUGUCAUCAUCGCCAUUUUUUUUUUUUUUCCACAAAGAGAAUGUUGUCACAACUUGCGACAAUAGCCCAAAACAAGGGUAUUCUGAAUU